GUUCAUAAAGGAUGCUGUGUCAGCUACACGUUAUCGAGUUAGCAAUCACCAGCGAAGCAGCCAAGCCAUAUGUUCUUGCUGCAUCAGGGCAAAGCUAGAUGAUGAAUUAUAUUGGCCAGGAAAGAUAAAGUAUGGUGCCUACAUAUUUAAGAAUGGGCGUGAUCAACAGCUUGUUUAUGUUUUUGGAAAGAGGAAAUCUCUUUGGGUGGCAAAGAGUAAUAUCAUGCCUUAUUUGAAGUACAAAACCCUCUUCAAGAGAGUUAACGCCAUGACGCAGUUGCUGAAGUUCAGCGGUAGAGACGAAGGGAAACAUGUAACUGCGAUGUGUGAUGUUGAAGAUUAUAUAGCAAACCAUGGUAACUUAGAAGAAUGUUUAGAAAGACCUACUUUUGUUAGUGAGUCUGCCUCUUACAUGGUAACGACAUUAGGUUGCGGUCAUCCGGUCCUCCAAGAAACCAGCGAGGCCAGUCCUGACGGUGGGGCCGAAGUUAUUCCAAGACAUCGGGUCCCAUCAGGAGCCAGAGCUCAAAACCCAUCAUACAAGCAGGAAGAUUCAAGCAAGAAAAAAUGCAAACGGUUGAAGCUUAGAGAUUGCUCCGUGAUCAUGGAAGACAUAUUCUCUAGUUCUCCGAGAAAUUACGCAAGGCUUUUUUCGAUGCUAACGCUAAAUAGAUCAGUGUUUCCCACCAUUCCCAAUCACUCAGAUGUGUAUAAUGUCAUGAGUUCCAUCAUGCUAUCUGGAGGUUGCUGCUCACAACCAAAUGUACCUGAAAGACAAGUGCCCGUGAUGCCACAAAGUUUUGAGUAUGAGACGUUCAGUUCUCAGUCGGCUCCAAUUCCAUGGUCACAUGAAUUGCAGACUCCCAAAGUAGAAGACUCAAAUCACAGUUUAAUGUUGCAAGACUCUCCGAUAUUGCCGUCAUUGAGCUCUCACACUUCGGUACCCUGCAACUGUCCAAUGCAUCAGUUGAUUCAAGGUUCUGAGGCUCCAAACAUACUGAGUUCUGAGACACUUAUGCCACAGGCCUCACAGACUCUCAGAUGGGAGAGAUUUGAAAGUCCAAGGUUACGAGAUUCAGAGACUCUCACAUUACUAAGCUCUCAAACUCCUGAGAUACUUAACAACUUGAGCCCUCCAGCUAUUCAGUUGCCAGAGACUCAGAGUGUUACAUCACAAGAUUCUCAGACUCCUGUGGUACAAGCUAGGUCUUCAGAUUCGCCAGCGUACAAGUUACGUCAAUGCUCUGUCGUUCUGAAUGAUGUUAUGAAGGCUAAGACUAAGAACGUUCAGUUGCUUCAGAAGAGUAACCAACAUCCCAACUUGAAGAGAUCCCGUUCAGAAAAAACCAAAGACUGCAGUGAAAAAGAGAACAUUCUUAGUACAAUGAAGAGCUUGUUUAAUGCAUCAGAAGUACCGGUGACCAUUGCACACGAUGUGCGCCAGAGAAUUCAGAAUGCCAGCGAUAAGCGCAAGAGACUUCUGAAUGCCAGCGAUGUGCACAAGAGACUGAAGACUGCCAAUGCCAGUCGUUACAAGAAGAAAAAGGGGCGUAAUUGGAGGAGAAGGAUGACUCGUGCCACAUCGUACAACCCAGUGUUCACGUCUGUUUCCCCAGACAUUUCACAGGCUUUUGACGAUAGUACAGUUUUACCUGGUCUGGAAAUGAGGAGGAAUGACAAGAGUGCAUCAGAGACUGACGAGAAUGGUUUGCAAGAUAAAAACUGUAAGACUGAAUAUUCCUGCUCUGUAAAUGAUAAAAGAGCAGAAGAGACGACCCUUCAGCAAGGCCCCUUAAACCAUAACUCCGUGGAGCAAAGGGAAUCAAAAUGUCUCUCACCUUUUGUAGCUUUAAACCCUGAAUUUAUAAAGAGUGAGGAUCCUGAAGAUGAGUCAGAGAAUAAACAGGCAGAUGAAAGCACAGCAAGAAGCAUGCAGCAGAAUAGUCACUUGCUGGAUGCAGAGUGCGAGAACAGAUUAUGUAAGCUUGAACAGCUCACAGACAGUAGCCUCACGGAAGCUCUCUUUUCCACCAACUUGAUUGAGCAAGACGGCCAGGUCCCAUCCUUAUCCCUGGAACCUCAUUUCUUGCAGUUGGAUCCGUCUCCAAAUAACUUAAGUGAAAGUCAGGGAAAAAGUGAAAAUGAUGACACCUUAGAUCUAGAUGGUGUGGUUGUUGUCAAGAACGAGAAGGAAUGUCACAUGGUCUUGGGCGAAGAGAAUGAUGAGAACAACGCCAUAGGGUAUCCCAUAACGAAUGGUGGUUCUAAUCACAUCAGCUGUGACAAGACAAAGAAUGUGCUUGAUUUCAUGAGAGCAAGAUUUUGUGGCAGUUUAGUUUGAAGUCUUAAAACUGAAGAGGAUGGUGACAUCCCCGAUUGGAGCGGUUUCAUCCAGAGCGAUUGCGGCGUGGUUUGAACUGACGAGCAAGGCGCAAAGAAUUUUACUGUACUUAUAACUUAAGUUGUUGAAUGAAUAGAGGCUAGUUAGUUCAGUUACGAUUUUAUACAGGUGCUUGCUAGUCAUUGAGUGGAAGUCGGUGAUACUGUGUUUUGUACAUAUGACAGCGUGUGCAUGAUAUAGUUUUAGAAAUUUAAUCUAUUUUUAUCGAGUGCAGAAUAUUAAUGUAUGUUAUUUCAGGCAAUGUCGUUUCAGUGGAAGUUGAA